UGUGACAUACAUUAUGCUAAUUUAUGACGAAUUGACUCCAAUAUUUGUCGACACAGACGACUGAACAGUGAACAUAAAUAUCAAUAAUGGCAGAAUUAUUGGAGGGGGAACACGAUGUAGAUUUUACAUGGUGCACAAACAUUGAUUUACCAGAUAUCUCUUCCGUUGAAAUCUUUUUGGCGCCAGCAAGGAAUGUAUGGGAUGAUCAUUUUAACGAGGGUAACUACAAACAACACACGGUCUCGUAUGAUUUAACGCAACAUAAUGGUGUGUUCAGUAGACGUAUCCCUUUAAAGACAAAUAUUUAUCAUUUUUUAUUUCGUAUAAACUCUACAAAUGAUUUCGCUGCCUCGUGCAAACAUGAUGUUACGUAUUUGGCAAAUGGUCGAAUGUUGAAUUAUGUCAAUGUUGGCGAAAAUGUUUUAUUUAACAUGAAAGAUAUAGAUGAAGAAAAAUCAUUAAGGUCACCUGUGCCAAGUACUAAUGAGUUUCUCAAUUCACAUCAACGAAGAAGAGCUACUGGAUUCAGAAGAUUAAUAUUAUGCUGCAGUUACUAACAUAUUCUACUUCACUAAUACACUGCGGCUCAAGUGUACUGUAACGAUCUGCAUGCAUUCAUCUAGCUAAUAAUUAUACAUACGGUUGUAGCCUCCUCUGCAAGCAAGGAAUCGUUCGCAAAACUUCCCAAACACGUGAUAAUCUUAUAUAUUUUUAUAUAAUAAUGUUUUAUAGAUUGAUAUUUAUGAGAAAUAAUCAGGAUUGUCCUCCUUGAUGUGCAUUGGUAUAUCACUAAUCAUUGUUGAUCGUAAUUUCGGUUUCCUCAACACAACAUCUGCUACUUCUCUUCGUUUAUAUUUGUUCCAACUUCUUGUCUCCAUAAAUGCUUUAAAAAUAUCCUCCCUUUUCCAUUUGCUCUCUACAAAUGCGUCUUUCAUGUCUCUCAAUACCUUGCCUCGGUUAUGUAUUUGUAAUAGAGCGCUUGGUAUUAGCAUUAACUCAGUCUAAAGUCGAAAUGAAUAUGAAAAUAUUCACAUUAGCGCGUAGAUUACAAGAAGAUUAAUCAGGAUAAUAAACCAUGGGCCUGCAGAGACUGCAAAAAAUAACUGCUUCUGCUAUGGUUCUAGAUGCUAAAAAUGAUAAAUAUUCCGUAAUUGUUAAAAUAAAUAAGGACCGAUGACAUGCAUGCUAUACAGCUCAACAGAGCUUCAAACGCUAAACGCGUUCAGCCCAAAACGUUGUUCAGCUCGAGGUCUCUGUCACUCGAUGAAUAUCUCCGGACCUCAUAAGUCGUUACCGGAGAGAAUUAUUUUUCUAUAUCAGUUCAUUUACUCCUUGUUCGUACUUAUUGCAUUACUUAUAAAAGGCCCAUGUCAGAGAUGAACACUUUCUGGAAAAAACAUACGCCUACCUUACCUUUCCUUUUGUUAUAAUAUAUGAAUCUUGCAUAGAUUCCCCCACUCCAAAAUAGUCGCCCGCUUUUAAGGUUUUAAUGUUUAAAAAGUACGUGAGUAUUGUUUCAUUCUCCUUCAGUCUACUGAGCCGAUGAGUACCAUCCUUCAUUUCUGGUGCUAAAACCAAUUUUUCACGACCGAAUGGUAAGGUCUUCUUGACAAUUGACAUUUUUUUCACAAAAAUGCAACUUCCGGAUUUGAUGAUGUAGACCGUUUCAGAUGGCUCGUCUUUAUGCACAACCUAAAAUUUAGAUUAACGCAAUUUACACCGUUUAGGUCUUUUAGCUGCAUGAUUAUACGCACUGCCUUUGAUCUAUUCGUCUUGUAAAAUACGAAACGGGAAUCAAUAAAUAAGAAUUAUUUGAGAUACAAUGUUAACUUCCUAACCUCGAAAGGAAACGUAUCAAGUAGGUUUUAAUAGCACUGGUCUUGAUAUACAUGUAAAAACGUCAAGUGCAUCUACAUA